ACAGGGGAGAAACCAUACAAGUGUCCAGAUUGUGGGGAAAGUUUUGGUUAUCGUUCUACCCUGGUGAACCACCAGAGGACACACACAGGAGAGAAACCGUACAAGUGUCUAGAGUGUGGGAAAUGUUUCGGUCAAUAUUCCUACCUGGUGAAACACCAUAGGACUCACACCGGAGAGAAACCCUUUGAAUGGGAGAAACCGUACAAGUGUCUAGAGUGUGGGAAAUGUUUCAGUCACGAUUCCAGUCUAGUGAACCACCAGAGGAUUCACACAGGAGAGAAACCCUUUGAAUGUGCUAUUUGUGGAAAAAGUUUCAGUCACAAUUCCAGUCUACUGAACCACCAGAGGAUUCACACAGGAGACAAGCCCUUUGAAUGUCCUGAAUGUGGGAAACGUUUCAGUCGGAAUUCACACUUGGUGAUACACCAGAGGACUCACACAGGAGGGAAACCAUAUGAAUGUCCUGAUUGUGGGAAAAGUUUCAGUUACCAUUCUAAUCUUGAGAUACACCAGAGGACUCACACUGGAGAGAAACCCUUUGAAUGUCCUGAUUGUGGGAAACGUUUCAGUCUUAAUUGCAGGCUAGUAAUACACCACAGGACUCACACCGGAGAGAAACCUUUUGAAUGUCCUGGCUGUGGGAAAUGUUUCAGUCAAAAUUCCCACCUGGUGAUACACCAGAGGUCUCACACAGGUGAGAAACCCUUUGAAUGUCCUGAAUGUGGGAAAAGUUUCAGUCAGAAUUCACACCUGGUGAUACACCAGAGGACACACACAGGAGAGAAACCGUAUGAAUGUCCAGAGUGUGGGGAAAGUUUUGGUUAUCGUUCUACCCUGGUGAACCACCAGAGGACACACACAGGGGAGAAACCAUACAAGUGUCUAGAAUGUGGGAAGUGUUUCAGUCAAUAUUCCUACCUGGUGAUACACCAGAGGACUCACACAGGAGAGAAACCGUAUGAAUGUCCAGAGUGUGGGAAAACUUUCAGUUAUGCUUCCGGGCUUAUGAAACACCAGAGGACACAUACAGGAGAGAAAUCAUAA